ACGUGUAAACAAACCAGAGACGAUUACCACAUGUGUAUGUGCUUAAUUAUGAGAUCAGCCAAAAAUUAAUGUUUAAUGAUGUUUAUGAUAUCAAAAUUGUAUUGAUUAUAAUCUUAUCAACUUCAACUACUGCAAAACGUCGAUCCCAGCGUACUGGGAUUUCGGAAAAUAAGUUUCUGCACGAUAUCGCUGCACGCUCGACAGGCAGAUGAGUGAAUCGGGAGUCGAUCUGGAUUUUGAUUUGGAAGCCGAGGCCCUGGUGGCGGCAGGGGUCAAUGGAAGUGAUGGAGAUCUGUUAAUGAAACCAGCAGACGCUGGCACAGAUGAACUCGACAGAAUAUUAGCUUCGUUUGAUUCAUCAAAUAUCUACGAAAUGAAAAGUCAGAGUGCUGCCAGCUCCCUGCGUCUGGGCACGGAGUUCUCGCCCAGUGCCAUGUCGAUGCGAACCACCAUGAGACAGGAGCUGAUGAGGCAGCAGCUCCACCAGGAGAUGGAGAAGGAGGACCAGCAGACGGUGGUGAUACCGGCCAGCAGCAGCGUUGGGGGCUCCACCUCAACUUCUGUCUCCUCCUCCUUCAUGCACCUUCUCCAGGGACCAUCCAACCCCCUCCUGUCCGCCAGUGCUCCCAUCGCCAUGGAGAUCCCACAGCCAAACAAACUCAGUCCAGUACCAGAACUCUCAUCAUUACCAGGGGAUAUCUUACGGGUGAAUACCAAACUGGAGAACCCAACCAGAUUCCAUCUCCAGCAGAAUCAGAGACGGCAGGUGGAACAGUACCUGUCCAACCAGAACAACCCCAACCCAAACAACAUGCGAGGUAUGGUGUCAUCCUCCCAGUCACCGAACAACAGGAGAAUCAGUGGUUCACACUCAAGUGUUCCCAACAGCCCUAUGUCAACAUCACAAGAGGUGGAUGACAUCUUGGAUGAAGUCAUCAAUUUGGAGUCAGCCCUAGGAGACGAUUCUCUGACACAAUACUUCCAAGACCCCAACAAACUCUCAAUGCCUAACACGAUGCCCGUAACGCAGAACUUUCUGGACUCCCCUUUCACGAACAACAAGAUGGCGCCUUACAUGACCAACCAGCAGUCGUCAUCUUGCCCCCCUGAACUGAACCAGGUCAAAACAGAACCGUUGGCUUCCGAAGAACAUGUCCGAGCCCAUGCCAAAGAGAGACAGAAGAAGGAUAAUCACAAUAUGAUUGAGCGAAGGAGAAGAUUCAACAUCAAUGAUCGCAUCAAGGAACUUGGCACCCUCAUCCCCAAACAUCUGGACCCUGACCAGAGACAGAACAAGGGGACCAUCCUCAAGUCAUCGGUAGACUACAUCCGUAAGAUGCAGAAGGACCAGUCCAAGCAUAAGCAAAUUGAAGGCAGACAGAAACAGUUGGAGACCAUUAAUAGGAGGAUGAUGCUUAGGAUACAGGAGCUUGAGAUGCAAUGUAAGCGUUUCAAUGUCACCUCAGAUGCUCUGAGUCAUGAUACAAGCACAGAGGCUAUCACAUCAGAGUUCAUGCGUCUUCAAGGAUCUGACAUUGACUUCCAAGUGAAGGUGGAACCAGGAACAUGUCCACCACUCUCUCAGCAGCAACAGCAUCAGUUGCAGCAACAUCAGCAACAACAACAGCAGCAUCAUCAGCAACAGCAACAGCAGCACCAACUCCAGACCGAUAACCAGGUCUUCAUGCAGCAUCAGCACAGCCCGGGCAGUACCUAUGCCAACGGACUCUCGGCUGAGGCCACCAACUACAUGGGCGAGGCUGGCACGCCCAACAUGGACGACAUCCAGAGCGAUGCGGACUCUCCGUCGGGUGAUCCGCUCCUCUCUCAGUCUCCCAUGGCCACCUCCCUGCACAGCAGCCGACGAUCGAGCCUGACAAGCCUCGAUGACUUGCCCGAUGGUCUCCAGCAGCACCACCAUCAUCACAACACAGACUUCCUAUCGUAACCUUGUGACCAUUAUGUGUACCACAGACACCGUGUGUAAAAGGACGUGAAGGUAUCCACUCCAAACCAACACCAAACUUAAGGAGUGGGACUGAUUACUCCCGCUGGUCGGUGAGAUGUAUAAAGAAGUGUGCGGCGGUGGUUUGCCACCGCUGUGAAUCUACCACUGAGCUAAUAAAACAGGAUGGAUAGCUUACCAUGGGGAGCCAUUGUAACCUUAACGUAAAUGAUAGGUGUAACUGGUUUACAUCUCUCAGUUGUAUUGAUACAGUCGACUUUAAUAGAUCAUUGACAUAUUGCAGGUGAGGGGGUACGAUGUAAGUUUAAUUGGAUACAGAACUAGAUUAUAAUAUGAAAUUAUUAGAGCUCCUAAUUUCCAUUCCGAAGAAAUAUUCUAAGUUUCAAAAAAGUUAUUGAAACAAAAAGAUUGCAAAAAAAUAUUCACAUUAAAUAGAAAAAAGUUAUCAAAAUGGCGCUGGUAGCUAUUGUAACUCCAUGCCCCAAGUGCAUGGGGAAAGAUAGAAGGAGUAAAUGAGAAAUGAUGAAUUAAUGUACUAGCAACCAUGGAAUGUAACAAAUUAUACCACCUUGUGGGGAAUUUGUGUAUAUUCUGGUAGAAACAAAUCAAAUAAAACCAUGACGUAGACUGUUCAAUUGAUGAUACAAUGCUUUCCCGUAUGUGAGCUUUCCAUCCUGAAUUCCAUCUUGAAAAAUGGAGAUGAAAUUGCAUUGAAAUAAUGUGAAACUAUAAGAAAAUGAUAGUAAAAAUGUUUGAAUUAUAAAUCUAUAUUAAGGCUUAUCCAAUUUUUUUAUUCUGCAUAUGUUAUAGAGUGUUAUAUUAAGUAAAGAUUUCGUGAAUGCUAGAAGCAUGUACUUGUUUUGUUUGUUUGAGGUGACUCUCCUGUUUUUGUUUUGGUCUCUCUUUAUCCUCAGUUAAUUCUGACUAGGAUAUAAUAUGCCAUAGUCUGUCAGCGUAAACCAAUUUGAAUUAAUCAUGGAUUAUUUAUAGUAAGCAUGAAAGAAAUUUAUGCAUUGAAAUUCUGAGUUUAAACUAGAGAGGUUGCCAAUGCAUGCUGUAAACAGUUUUUAUGUGCAGUAUUGAAAGUAAUGUAUUGUUAUAUACUACCUAAUACUGCUUGUUUAGUUGUCCCAUAGAUCCAUUAUUAAGCAAGGUUUAUACAUGUAAGCAAAAUAUCAUGUUAUAUCUUCUAGUUUUGUGUUGGUACCAUGUUUGAUUUGUUCUUUGUUAUUGAGGGUAGAUAGAACGUAGAGUAUGAUUUGUAAGUUUUGUUCAACAAAACUUAUUCUGAACACAAACUUGCCAUUCAAUCUUGGUCAGAAAAGAUUGAACUCUGAGAGUUUCACACUGUAAAGCAGAUUGUUAUGCAAUGUGUGUGGAGUGUAAACUUUUAGACCACAUCUGAUAUUUUUUUCAGAUAGAUUUUAGUGGAAGAUAUUAAAGCAUGUACAGAUUAUUACAGAGCUACUAUUUUUACACCUUAUUAUGACGAUAUUGGCAUUUAUCUUUUGCAGAGAGAGAGAUUAAUAUCAAAGAUAUGUGUACAUACAAGAUAGUGAUGAGUAUAUACACUCUCUUUUAAUAUGCAUGUAAGCCAAAUGAUAACAAUUUUAAAUUAGACUUAGCAAUAAUGUUCUGGUUUUAGACUCAUGUAGCUGGAUAGCUAU